GCACCCUGGCUGGGUCCACAGUAUGGCAGCAGGUCGCUGCUAGUGCACAGGUGGCACAGCUCACAGCACGGAGGCGAGUGAAGGUGUAGUGGGCGGGGCCAUGGAGGCAGAUAGGGGCGGUACCUGCCGGUGGCCACUCCCUCUUUCUCUGCCACGCUCCGAGCGCUCCCCGGUCCUCUCUCUUUCUCUGUGUCCCCGGCAGCUGUCACCUUCUCUCCAUCCCGUGUGCACCAUGUUCCGGGCGCCGCUGCUGCUGCUGCUCCUCUUCUCCUCAUCUGCACUGAUCCGGGCGGACGCCGAGGAGGACGAUGGUGACAAUACCACCGACCUGGUCAUUGAGACUCUGGUGAAGCCGGAGUCGUGUGAGGACACGGUGGAUUGGGGAGACACCAUUCAGCUCCACUAUACGGGAAGACUUGAUGAUGGCCGCGUGAUCGAUAGCUCCCUAUCUCGGGAUCCACUUGUGGUGGUGCUUGGGAAGAAACAAGUGAUACCAGGUCUAGAAAAGAGCCUUCUAGGAAUGUGUGUUGGGGAGAAACGUAAAGUGGUCAUCCCCCCUCAUUUGGCUUAUGGAAAGAGAGGAUUCCCACCUUCUAUACCAGGUGAUGCAGUGCUACAGUUUGAGACUGAAGUCAUAUCCCUGUCUAAGCCCACGCAGUGGCAGACUCUUGUAAAUGACGUGCUCCCCAUGCUUUGCAUUGCUUUAGUGCCCACCCUUCUCGGGCUGAUAGGUUACCAUCUCUACUCCAAGGCCAAGUCUCCAACUGUAUCGAAGAAGAAACUGAAGGAAGAAAAAAAGAACAAAGCAAAAAGGAAAUAAAAAACUGUAAUUUUCUCAAAGA